GCCAUGAUCAUUAAAUGUUGACAUUUAAAAAUGGCGGCGUCCACAGGUGAUUCAGUGGAUGACCGAAAUAAUUAUAAAAUAUGUAUUAUUGGUGCUGGCAUGGCUGGUCUGUCAGCAGCAAAUCAUUUAUUAAAAAACAAUUUUAGUGAUUUUGUUAUAAUUGAAGCAAGAAAUCGUAUCGGUGGACGUAUAUGUUCUACUAAAAUAGGUGAAGAUAAUAUUGAAUUAGGGGCAAAUUGGAUCCAUGGGGUAUUGGGGAACCCAAUAUUUGAAUUAGCGAUGGCGAAUGGUUUAAUAAAUAUAAUAAACUGCCCGAAACCCCACAAAGUUGUUGCAGCAAUGGAAGACGGCAAGCAAUUGUCAUUUCCUAUUUUACAAGAAAUAUAUGAAGCAUAUGUAUGUUUUUUACGUCGUUGUGGUGAAUAUUUUUUAAGUGCAUACGUGCCGCCAGAUGGUAUCAAUAGUGUUGGUGAACAUAUUAAAUUAGAGUCAACAUUAUACUUAUCAUCAUUACCUGAAAAUGAACGUAAAAUACGACAGUUGUUGUUUGAUUGUUUGUUGAAACGUGAAACAUGUAUUACUGGCUGUGAUAGUAUGGAUCAAGUUGAUUUACUUGAAAUGGGAAGUUAUGCUGAGUUACAAGGUGGGAAUAUCAGUUUACCUGGUGGUUACAGUAGUAUAUUGGAACCUGUUACCAAACACAUUCCUAAGGAUAAAAUUUUAUUAGGACAUCCCGUUACUGAAAUCAGGUGGCAGUCAGAAGACGACACGGAAGAAGAAAAAAAUAAAAUUCGCGUCAGCUGUUCAAAUGGUAAAAUAAUAACAGCCGAUCAAUUAAUUUGUACAUUACCACUAGGUGUAUUAAAAAAAAAUAAAGCGAUAUUUAAUCCACCGUUACCACAAUACAAAUGCGAAGCAAUAGAUAAAUUAAUGUUCGGUACCGUGGAUAAAAUAUUUUUGGAAUACGAUCGUCCAUUUUUAAACCCCGGAGUGUCUGAAGUUCUUCUUCUGUGGGACGACAGCGUCAUCAGUGAUCAAGAAGAUUCUUCAUCCAGCAAAGACAUCAGUAAAACGUGGUACAGAAAAAUUUAUUCCUUUACAAAACUAUCCGAGACAUUAUUACUUGCAUGGAUAUCAGGCCGCGAAGCCGAGUACAUGGAACAAUUAACGAGCAAAGAAAUAUCUGAUGCCUGCACAAUGAUAUUGAGAAAAUUUUUAAAUGAUCCGUUUGUUCCUGUGCCGAAAAAUUGUUUGAGAACAAGUUGGCACUCGCAGCCGUGGACUUGCGGGUCUUAUACCGCGGUUGCGAUUGGCUCCAGUCAACUAGACAUCGAAGCGCUUGCUGAGCCUCUUGUUAGUGACGACCCAGAUGGCAGCAAAAAAAUAUUAAUUGCCUUCGCGGGUGAGCACACGCACUCAAGUUUUUAUUCGACUGUUCAUGGCGCCUAUUUGACUGGUCGCACUGCUGCGGCGAGUAUCAUUGAGUCGAAAAAAUUAAAUGAUCAUUGUAAGCUCGGUAAUAAUCAAGGUCUUAGUCUUAUUUGCGAGGACACUAGUGAUCUUAGUUCCUGGAUUCAAGGCAUUUCGCUUAACUAGUUUAAGUUUUUUUUUAUUUUUUAAAUUUAAAUUUGAGUUUUGUUAAUUUACGGGCUGUACUUAAAUUACGUAACGCAUUUAGACCUCCACCGUUUUCUUCUGCUCCCUAUAUUGUAUGUAAUUUUUUUUACGAAUGGUUCCACAGAUUCAAAUUUCGAAUUCUCGGGAUUCACUGUCUGAUGUCGGAUUUUUUUUCCCGCGACAUUCAAAUUUCGAAUUCUCGGGAUUUACUGUCUGAUGUUGGUUUUUUUUUCCCGCGACAUUCAAAUUUCGAAUUCUCGGGAUUCACUGUCUGAUGUCGGAUUUUUUUUCCCGCGAAAUUCAAAUUUCGAAUUUUCGGGAUUUACUGUCUGAUGUCGGAUUUUUUUUCCCGCGACAUUCAAAUUUGGAGUUCACGGGAUUCACUGUCUGAUGUCGGAUUAUUUUUCCCGCGAAAUUCAAAUUUGAACUUUACGGGAUUCCCUGUCCGGUGUUGGUUUUUUUCCACCAGGAAUUAAAUUAACUACAAAUAGUUACCCCUGGCCCUUAAAUUUGUUAUGUAAUUUAAGUACUGACUUUUAGCGGUAAUUGAAAUAUUACAGAAACUUUUGAUGUAAAAAAAAUAUAUACGUCAAUUUUAUUUGUAAUUUUUAAUUGAUGUGAAAAAAAAAUUUUGCGUUAUUUAAUAAAUGUAUAUAUUUUUUUUAAUAUCAAAGACCGAAAUUUUAAAUAAAAAAAACAGCGUAAUUUAAAUGAAAUGCUUUUUUAUGCUAAAAAAAUUCUUUGUUUGUAAAUAUGCAAAGAAAUUAUAAUUAAUGAUAGUAAUUAACGCUUUUGUACAUACCAGCAGCCUAAUUAAAAAUAAAUAAUUAUUUAUCUAGUCAAAAAAAAUAAAAAUAAUUGCCACCAAUAGUCUGUUAAAUUUUUUUUACGAUUGCAUUAAUUAGUGCCAUAUAUCUAGCACUCAUUAAUUAGUUGUUAAUAUUAAUUACUUUUUUUUAUGCACGAAAACCAAAGGACAGAAAAAAGUUCCAAAAAAAACAUAAUUUUUUUUAAUGCACGAAUUUAUUUUUAAAAAAUAAAUAA